AUUGAUCAUAUAUCGGAGUGAGUCAUGGGCUUAACCGGAGCAUGCACGAGAUUAUUAGGAGACCUGGUUCAAACCUUUGGAGGAAGAGCCAUGGUCACUAGGUCACGUAACUCUGAAGCUCUCAUCAAUGUCCAAACCCACCCAACAUGCACCUCAACAGCUCAAAACAACAACGUCGAUGACUCCAUGGUUCGAGCUCUGAUCACGGUGUUUGGGAUGGAAACCAGUGGAAGAAUAAAGAAAGAGAAAGCGAGGAAAGUGGUGGAGAAGCUGGGAUUGAUAUGCUGCGAGGAGAAGGAGGAGGAAGCUGUGAAAUCCAGAAUUACGUCGACGUUCGAUUUGCCAGGAUCAGGAGAUCAUGAACAAGAAGUCAUGGUGGAAGAAGUGCUCGGCGAAGGAGAUGGUUGGAAGAAGAGGAAUGAGCUGCUGCGUGAAGCUUUCAAUAUAUUUGAUGAAGAUGGCAAUGGGUUUAUUGAGGCUGUGGAGUUGAAGAGGGUUUUGGAAUGCUUAGGGUUGAUGGAUAAAGGUUGGGAUAUGGAUCAGAUUGAGAAGAUGUUGAGGGUUGUGGAUUUGAAUUUAGAUGGAAAAGUUGAUUUCGAUGAGUUUGAGUUGAUGAUGGGUGUAAACUGUAAUUGAUAUUUAUA